AUGUCUAUAAACCCGAUCAUAACCUUCAAGGCGGGCAUUUGCGACGCAGACACGUCGUCAAAACCGUACAAGAUCACCGCUUCUCCACGAUCUGGAUACGUGUACCUCUACUCUGACGAUGACCUGAUUCACUUCUGCUGGCGAGAGCGAAGUGCUCCUUUAGACGAGCCCGAGCUCGACCUCGUCAUGGUGCCUACCGACGGCCAGUUCCUCCCCCACGAACCCACGGAGCCCGCCUCCGCCAAGACGAACGGUCGUGUUUUCGUCCUGAAGUUCCUUUCCUCCUCCCAGCGACACUUCUUCUGGCUCCAGUCCAAACCACAAGGUCGAAAUGGUGAUCCAAGCUGGUUCAGCCCCCGAGACCGCAGAAUUGGCGCCAUUGUUCACGAACUGCUACAAGGCGGAGAGGUCGAUGUCACGCGAGAGCUGGCGGCGCCAUAUAACAACGACGACGAUGACCGACGUGGCGACGAUGGCGAUGCGACUAUGGAAGACGUCGAAGGCCACGGAGAUUUCAAUGCCCCACACGGCGGCAGUGGUAGCGGAGGUGCCGGCGCUGGCGCCACAGGCGGCGAUGUAAGAGAAGAGGGCGAGGGUGCACGGGAGGGAGGAGGCGAUGGGGCCAGAGCUGUUGCUUCUGGAGCUCCCGAUGCUGCCACGGCAGUGAGAAACUUCCUGGAUUCCUUGAAAGGAGGAGCCAACACGGGGGCGAGUCAAGGCGAAGGGAAGCUGUAUCCGCUUCUAUCGGAUCUACUUACACCCCCGGUCACAGUCCCUAUGGCACGAAGCGCAACCGGGGAGCAAAUCGACAGUCUACUGAGCUACCUUCCACCGUCAGUCGUCGUCUUCUCUCAACAGGCCGAUCAGGGAGAUGAUGCUACGGAGCCUACCGCAGAUGCAAUAGAAGCCGCCAAGCAAGCGAUGAGUCUCGGUCAAAAGAAGGCACUGGUAGAGAAGGUCUUGCGGAGUCCACAAUUCCACCAAAGCUUGGCUAGCCUGACAAUGGCCCUCAGAGACGGCGGCUUGCCUACCGUCGCCGAUGCACUCUCAAUCAAAGUUGAGAAUGGUGGCUACCUGCGAGGCAGUCAAAUGCCCCUGGGUGGUGGGGAUGCUGUUGAGGCAUUUGUGGAGGGAGUAAAGAAGACCGUACAGGAGAUGAAGUAA